AUGCUGCUCAACAACGCCCAGAAGAUCAGACUGAUGGAGGCCGCCAUGCUGGACACUUUCAUCCUCCCCAAGAGUCACGCGUUCACUGUGGCGAUGCAGCAGGAGCAGGAAACCUUCGCGAAGCGCGUCGACGAGUACAGGGAGAAACGGAAGACGCAAGGCGACCUCGCUCCUCUGGGGCCACCCCAUCCACUCAUAUUCGGCGCCCUCCUGGAAGUGGCCUCAAAGACAGCCGCCGUGGGUGGCCAGAGCCAGGAGAACAUCAAUCAGCUGAAGGACGACUUCAACGCAUGCGAGAAGAUCGAGGACGCGGAGCAGUUGGCACGAGUAUGCAGGCUGGCGACGACGGCGAAGGAAGACGAGGUGAAGCUGAUCAUGCACCUGGCGAGCCUCGGCGAGAUUCGUCAUUGCCUGUUGGACGGACUCCGACAGGUCGGCGCGAGGCACCUGCGAGGCAGCGCUCCACCAGGCUAUACGGAAGAGGAGUUGCAGGAGUGGGCGGAGCACUUGGAAGCUCAACUGGUGCGAGUCGAAAUUGAGAUGUCGCUACGCAUCUGCCUUGAAUGUGGUUGA